AUGCUUAAUUUACAACCUCCUCCUCCAUUUUAUUUUGAAAAUGACCUUUUGAGUGUAACGUCCGGAAAUUUGAAUAGACAGUGGACGAAAUGGAAAAGUGCGUUUUCAAUCUACUUCAAAGCUUGCCAAUUGGAUACUAAGCCUGAUGAUGUUCAAGUGAGUAUUUUACUUCACAUAAUUGGUGAAAAGUGCCGCGACGUUUAUGAGCAGUUCGGAGAUGAGAGACCUAAAUCUGUGAAGGUAUUAUUGGAGAAGUUUGAUUUAUUUUUCUUGCCGAAGAAAAACCUAAUGAUUGAACGACACAGAUUUUUUACACGUAAUCAGCUAGAAAACGAAAGUGUAGAACAAUACGUUUUCGAGUUGAACAAGCUAGCGGCCACUUGCGAGUUGAAGGAUCUCAAGGAUGAACUCAUCAAGGAUAGGCUUAUAUGUGGGCUAAGAGAGGAUGCCUUAAGAGAACGGCUUUUGAGAGAAUCUGAACUCACACUAAAGAAAGCAUUGGACAUAUGUCGGAUUGCAGAAAUGUCUCGGGCGCAAGCGGGAAAAAUAAAAACGGAGCAGGAGGACGGGGGAUACCAAGAGAGGAAUGUUCAUCAGAUCGAAGAGGAAAUACACAUGGUUCAGCAGCGGGGGCGCAGAGCGAGUUAUAACGGUCAAGUUUGCCCUUGCCAGGCGGCGAGCGGCGCCCGCGCUCGUACCGCGCAGUCACAGGGAAACAAAAUCCGUCCAGCGAUGACGUCAUCGGAUUCAAACAGACAACCGUAUCGUGCAGUGCGUACGUCUACCUCAAAGUGUAAAUAUUGUGGAUUAAGUCACGAAAAUGAUAAAGUAAGGUGUCCAGCAUACGGCCAGCGGUGCAAUAAGUGCAAUAAGCCUAAUCAUUUUGCGAGAAUGUUUCGUGGGCGGGUGUAUACGAUACGGGAGGAUAAUUCGGACCAG